AUGCCGCUCUUCUCAAGUCGGAUAAAUGAGAAGAUUCAAAGAUAUGACAAACUGAUCAAGGACAUUUUAGACCCUAAACUUGACACGUCUGACAUAUCCGAUCGCUUUUGGUACAACAGUCCGAGUUUUCGGACUCUGGCCAAUUGGACUGAAGACCGCAUCAGAACCAAGCCUUCCAACUCUAAAGAUGGAGUGUUCAGGGUUGACGUCGAUGUGCACAACUUUAAAUUAGACGAUCUCGAAGUCAAAUUGGCCGACGGUUUUGUCACCGUUGAAGGGAAGCACGAAGAAAGGCCAGAUGAGCAUGGCUAUGUCAUGAGACAUUUUGUGAGAAAAUUCAAACUUCCUGAUAGUAUAGCGUCAGAACAAGUUGUCUCAAGUUUAUCCUCAGAUGGGAUUCUUUCACUAACUGCACCUAAUGUUAAUGUAAUAAAUACUAUUUGA